CUUUGAUACUGUGAACCACAGAAGAACUGGAGACUGGCAUUGAAAGGAGGUGUUUUCCAACUUUUUUUUUUUUUUUUUAAGAAGUUUACUUCAACUAGAGAAAAGCUGAGAAAUGACAGGGGCAAAGAGGAAAAAGAAAAGUGUGUCCUGGAGCAAGAUGUAUGCCCCCCAUUGUGAAGACAUUAAAAAGUGGUGUAGAAGGCGGCUACCUGUUUUGGAAUGGGCACCACAGUAUAAUCUGAAAGAGAACCUGCUUCCAGACGCUGUGUCUGGAAUAAUGUUGGGAGUUCAACAGGUGACACAAGGUUUGGCCUUUGCUAUUCUCUCAUCUGUGCACCCUGUAUUCGGUUUAUAUGGGUCUCUGUUUCCUGCCAUCAUUUAUGCCAUAUUUGGAAUGGGACGUCAUGUUGCCACAGGUACCUUUGCUUUAACAUCCUUGAUAUCUGCCAAUGCAGUGGAACGACUUGUCCCUCAGAGCAGUCAGAACCUGACCACACAGAGUACUAACACAAGUGUGCUGGGCUUAUCUGAAUUUGAGAUGCAAAGGAUUGGUGUGGCUGCAGCAGUUUCCUUCUUGGGAGGAGUGAUUCAAUUGGCCAUGUUUGCCCUACAACUGGGUAGUGCCACCUUCCUGCUGACAGAGCCUGUCAUCAGUGCGAUGACAACUGGAGCUGCCACCCACGUUGUGACUUCUCAAGUCAAGUAUCUCUUGGGAAUGAAAAUGCCAUAUAUAUCUGGACCACUUGGAUUCUUUUAUAUUUAUGCAUAUGUCUUUGAAAAUAUCAAGUCGGUCCGAUUGGAAGCAUUGCUCUUAUCCUUGCUAAGCAUCGUGGUGCUUGUUCUUGUUAAAGAGCUGAAUGAACAAUUUAAAAGGAAAAUUAAAGUUGUUCUUCCUGUCGAUUUAGUUUUGAUUGUUGCAGCAUCAUUUGCUUGUUAUUGUACCAAUAUGGAACAUACAUAUGGAUUAGCAGUGCUUGGUCAUAUUCCAAAAGGAAUUCCUCCACCUAGAGCUCCCCCCAUGAACAUCCUCUCCGCUGUAAUCACUGAGGCUUUUGGAGUGGCGCUUGUAGGCUAUGUGGCCUCCCUGGCUCUUGCUCAAGGAUCUGCCAAAAAAUUCAAAUAUUCCGUUGAUGACAAUCAGGAAUUCUUGGCACAUGGCCUCAGCAAUGUGAUUCCUUCAUUUUUCUUCUGCAUCCCAAGUGCUGCAGCCAUGGGAAGGACUGCUGGCCUCUACAGCACGGGAGCAAAGACCCAGGUGGCUUGUCUAAUAUCUUGCGUUUUCGUCCUUAUAGUCAUCUAUGCAAUAGGACCUCUGCUUUACUGGCUGCCCAUGUGUGUUCUUGCGAGUAUUAUCGUUGUAGGACUGAAAGGAAUGCUAAUACAGUUCCGGGAUUUAAAAAAGUAUUGGAAUGUGGAUAAAAUUGAUUGGGGCAUAUGGGUCAGUACAUAUAUAUUUACAAUAUGUUUUGCUGCCAAUGUGGGACUGCUGUUUGGUGUUGCCUCUACCAUAGCUAUAGUGAUUGGACGUUUCCCAAGAGCAAAGACUGUGAGUAUGAAAAACACAAAAGAAAUGGAAUUUAAAGUGAAGACAGAAACAGAUGGUGAAACUCUGCAGCUGGUGAAAAUUAUCUCCGUAAACAACCCACUUGUUUUUCUGAAUGCAAAAAAGUUUCAUACUGAUUUAAUGAACUUAAUCCAAAAGGAAACUUCCAGCAAUCAACCAUUUGAUGAUAUCAACAAGUGUGAACAGAACAUGCUGCUCACUUCUUUGUCCAAUGGCAACUGCAAUGAUGAGGCUUCACUGCCCUGCCCAAAUGAGAAGUGCUCUUUAAUCCUGGAUUGCAGUGGAUUGAAUUUCUUUGACUAUUCUGGAGUCUCCAUGCUUGUGGAGGUUUACAUGGACUGUAAGAACAGAAAUGUGGAUAUAUUGUUUGCCCACUGCACAGCUUCCUUGAUAAAAGCAGUGAAGUACUGUGGAAACAUAGACUCAGAGAAACAAAUAUUUUUUGAAUCGGUAUCUGCUGCAAUCAGUACCAUUCACUCAAAUAAGAAUGUGGGCAAACUCAGUGACCACAGUGAAGUUUGA